CAUCUUUCACCACAUGGAAAGGCUACAAUGUCCCUGGAAAAAUGGUCUGAUUCUGCUACUAAUUUGGCUCAAAUGACCUCGAAAGGCUGAGGGAUUUCAGUACCUCUUGCGCCCCACAUAUAAAAAGCUGCAACAAUGAGAUUUCUGAACAGCAUCUGUGGCCUUCCCAAACCAGGGCUGAGGACGCAGGAGCCAGGCUGUCUGCUCACCUACAAGGUCAUCUUGAAGAUGAACAAUCAAUACAUCCGCCGGGAGGUCUUCUGCUGCGAAACUUGUGAUGAACUCAAGAGCUUCUGGGAAAAGGAAAUUAGCAAACAGACCUGUUACCGCGAACUGGAGGAGGACCGCCGUGGGAGGAGCGCCCUGAGAAAGCUCCGAGAAGAAUGGAAGCAGAGGCUGGAGAAAAGACUGAGCAUGCUGGACAAUCCCGACGACAAAGAAAAGCAGGCAAAACCCUCCGACUGACAGCUGCCCCCGCCCCACC